UCGUACAUAAAGCAUGUGAUAAUUUUUUGGAAAAUUUUGACCCAAAACAUACUUGUGACCUAUAUAUGACCCACACUUUAUAAUUAAAAUGGGAAGGAUAUAAUACCUUGAGCCCUACCUCAACACAUGCUUGUUGCAAGUCCCACAGUGACAUUGCAUAAACAAAACUGAACAGUGAAAACUUAGCUUUAUCGAUCGGUUAUCGACUACUUUUCGACUUUCAGUUAAACUCGUCUUAAAUAUUCGUUUCGUGUACUUGAUCAUUCAAUUUAUUGAUAUUUUGCCCUCGUCGUGUUUCAACAUUUCGCAAGUCCUAUUGUUUUUAUACCUCUCAGGAUCGAGCACCGGCUGACAGUCCGCCGCUGACUGCUGGGUAAACCUGACCUAAACAAAGCAAGUUUCGCUUUCGUAAGUUUUUUUCGUCAAAUAUCCAAUUGAAUUCCAAAUUAGUCCGAUUUGCAAAUUUUUAUGGGAUCCCGUCGCCUCGUUACUGUCACCUCACUUAUCGCACUCGGCGCUGGAAUAUAUUUCUACUCUGACCCUUCCCAUUUGCGACACAUUCUCUCGGUCCCGUACGAUUUCAAAAUGGCACAGGGGCAAAAUUUGUCCGCUUUCGUGCUGGGAGGAACCGGCGCAGUUGGGAGAGAGAUCAUAAAGGCCCUCGCCCAAUCGCCCCAAUUCACAAAAGUUACACUCAUUGGACGUCGUCAAGUCCCCCUCCCGUCGCCCGAUGAGGAUAAACGCUAUGACAAGUUUGACGAGAAAAUUAUUGAUUUCGAUAACUUGUCUGAGUACGAAGAUGCCUUCAAGGGCUAUGAUGUCGGAUUCUCCUCUCUCGGCACAACCCGGGCACAAUCUGGCGCUGCCGGCUUCUACAAAGUGGAUCACGAUUAUGUUAUCAACACGGCGAAAUUAGCCAAGGCCGGUGGCCUUAGACACCUUCACCUCGUUUCCUCUGCUGGCGCUAACAAAAACGCAUUUUUCCUCUAUCCCAAGACAAAAGGGCAGGUGGAGGAGGAACUCAGCACCAUGGGAUUCGACCGACUCUCCAUUUAUCGCCCUGGCCUCCUACUUGUCGACCAUCGGGACGACUUUCGAAUCGCCGAAGCCAUUUUUCGCACGAUAAUCAAACCCUUGGACAGAUUUCGCUGGUUCAGCGUUGAUACUUCUCUCUUGGGUAGCGUCAUAGUUGCCAACUCCUUCCGAAAGGAAGACAAAAAGGUGGAAAUUUUGUUUAAUGCAGACAUAAAUGCGUUAGGAAAAGCGCUGAAAUAAAUUAAUACAUUUUCAUUAAUACGGUUUACUAUUAAAUAAAAAUGCUUCUGAUUCUGUA